AUGUCUCUACCUGCAGCAGCAUCCGCAAACGCGGCAGCCUCAGCUAGAAGAAAGGGCCCCAAUCUCAACAUUGUGGUUUCGUGCCCCGAAUGCAAGGUCUACCCCCCCAAAGUUGCUGAGCGUUUUAGUGAAGGAGACGUUGUCUGUGCUUUGUGCGGUCUGGUACUUUCCGACAGAAUUGUAGAUACCAGGUCUGAAUGGCGUACGUUUUCAAAUGAUGACCAGAACGGUGAUGAUCCAAGUCGUGUUGGUGAGGCCUCCAACCCGCUUCUGGACGGUAACCAUUUGUCUACGAGAAUAGGCCAAGCUCAAGGAAGCGACAUUAAACUGAUGAGGGACUUAAGUCGUGCCCAAAGCAAGAGUAUUGUCGACAAAAAGGAUAAUGAGCUGCAAGCUGCUUACGCUAAGAUCACGAUGAUGUGCGACGCGGCGGAAUUACCUAAAAUUGUGAAAGACUGUGCGAAGGAAGCAUACAAGAUUUGUCACGAAGAAAGAGUGCUCAAGGGUAAAUCACAAGAAAGUAUCAUGGCUUCUGUUAUUUUGGUGGGUUGCAGAAGGGCCGAGGUCGGUAGAUCCUUCAAAGAAAUUCUCUCCUUGACGAAUGUUAAGAAAAAGGAAAUUGGUAAGACCUUCACCAUCAUAAAGAACAUAUUGAGGGAGAAGAAUGCCAACGGCUUUGCAAACAUCGAUACCUCGACCAUCUCCUCCGGUCAAACCUCUGCUGAGACUUUCAUCCCUCGUUUUUGCUCUCAUUUGGGCCUCUCUGUGCAAAUUGCGAACGCUGCUGAGUAUAUUGCAAAACAUUCCAAAGACAUCAAUGUGUUGGCUGGUAAAUCUCCGAUUACAAUAGCCGCAUCCGCUAUUUACUUGGCGAUUCAGUUGUUCAAAGUUAACAUCACCGCCACACAGGUCUCUCACACGCUGCAAGUCACUGAAGGAACCAUUAAAGGUGGGUACAAAAUCCUAUAUGAGUACAGACACAAAGUAGUCGACCCUCAACUUGUUGCUUCAGGAAGGAUUAAUCUAGACAAUUUGUCCAAAAUUAGUGACAAAGGUGAAAAGAUUGCUGAAUAG